AUGAGUGUUCUGCCACCUCCCUCGCUGUCGUUGCCAGGCAACGUGAUGAUUAUACUUGAUGGUGCACUCUUCCUAACUUACGUGUUGCACGAAUUGAAACCCGGUCGACCUCAACCCCAAAUGAAUGAUUCGCGCGGUACAAAAGAUAUCUUGCAACAGGAGCGUCCUUUAGACACUUGGCAUUUUCCUUUCGAAUGGGCAGGAGUACUGUUGCGAGCAUUAUAAAACAUAUGAUUAAAAUAUUAUGGAACAUGCUGCAACCACUUCACAUGCCAGAACCUACUACGGCAACAUUUUUAAAUGUAAGUGCAGACUUCAUGAAAGUAUGGAACUUCCCCAAUUGCAUCGGAGCUGUUGACGGCAAACACGUCAAAGUUAUAGCACCACAACAUUCCGGAUCCAUGUACUUCAAUUAUAAGCAUUAUUUU